AUGAUGAAAGACGCAACAACUCCUCCACCUCCCUCCUCGCGACUCCGCACCCCUCCCACUCCCAAGCACGGCGCUGGCUACCAUUCCUACGACCCAUACGAGCCUAGAAGGUCCCAGAGAGUUCAGCGUCUGCACAACAUCCACGACAAGGAAUCAACAUCCUCAUCGUCACGCAAGUCGACUCUUCAGCGCUCAUCAUCAACCUACACCCUCUCGCCUCCAGCUUCUCCUGCCGUCGACCGACUUGAACCACAACAAACUCCCGCCAGACCUACCCCUGUGCGUCAAUCGCUUUUCACGCGCAACAGACCUACCAACACUCCAAACCCCAACACCACCCUCUUCGACUUCUUUGCACCUCAAGCUCAACUCCCAACUCCCGCAUCGAUGUUGCCCACCCCCAACAAGUCGCCUUUCAAGCGCGACUCCAAUGCCAUGCAGUCCACAGCUCGCAUUCUCAACUUCAAGCCCCAGUCAACCAUGCCCACUCCACGCAAGAAGGCCAAGUCGCGUCUCACCCUGGACGAUGAUGAUGCUGUUCAUGAGGAGGUCCAGGUCUUCACCGACAUUCAGGAUCGCAUUCCCACCGUCGACCGCACCGAAGACAACCCUUUCAUCGGUCCCAGAAAGACUAGAGCUCGCACCCGCGCUCAGACUGCUCCUUCGUCAUCGACCGACGCUGACAUGGAGGACGACAAUGCUGAUGAUGACAAGGGCAUUCUCUACGUCUUCCGCGGCAAGAAGAUCUUCCGCCGCUUCGAGAAGGCUGCUGACGAGCAUGUCGAUUCGGAUGCUUCGUCCAGCUCCAUCGACAGCCUCAAGCGCAAGGCCGGCGUCUCUGCUUCUCGUCCCUUGACACGCUCAUCAUUCAAGCCUCGUCUUCUCUGGCCAAGCGCCAACAGCGACGGCGAUGCCGAUGAGGAGGAGGCUCUGACCGACAUCGAUGAGGACAACGUCUCUGCCGCCGAGCCAACUCUCUUCGCUCCCGUUGCCCAGACCGACAAGACUCCCUCAUCAAAGAAGGUAGUCGCCCACCCUGCCACUCCACCUUCAUCUCACCGCAACACUCGCUCGGCCGCCCAGCAGAUCGCCAUCUUUGCAGACCCUCACAACGAGCUCAACCGUGCUAUCGCCUCGCCAUCCACUACUCCCAUGCCUCAGAAGCCCUCCUCUGGUCCUCUCUUCGCUGGCUGGCCUCGUAGCAAGACCGCUGAGGAAAAGGCUGCUCGUGGCGAGAAGCGCCCUCGUACCAACAUGUCAGAGCCUGACUUGCCCGCUAAGCGCGCCCGCUCCACCUUGUUCUGA